CAUCAAAGCACAAUUGUUCUUCACAAUAAGAAGAAACCUGAGAUUCUCAUUGUGCGUGAACCGGGGUUAUGGUCUCGAAUUCGCUAUGAUUGUGCUCUUCUUUCUUUGGAACAUUUUCUUGUUUGAUGUUUUUGUCAAAACAACGAAGUGGAGUUAGUGCUCUCUCCUAUCAUUACUUGUUAAGAAACCAAUGGCUUAGUACUAAGAGGACAUUCCCUGUUACGUCCUCCAUCCCGCCAGACAAAUUUCAAGGUCUUAUAGAUCAAAUUGAAAAAUGUGUUGAUGUUGGAAAAGAAAGCCUUACUCAUGAGACGACCCAAAAUGCGGAGUCAAGUCUUGCAAACAAAUUGAAGCAGAGAGAGGAUGAAACUGAAAACUGUGUUGGUUUUGGAAGAGGAGGAAUCUUUACUAAAGAGACGGCCCAAAAUGUGGAGGCAGAUGUUGCAAAAAGAUUGAAGCGGAGAGAGGUGGACACAGAAAUUGCAUAUAAAGCAUUGGAUGAGCUUAGACAGUCUCUGGCCAACAAUGAUAUCUUGCUUAAGGAGAAGACAAUGGCUACAAUUAGACUUAUGGAAAAAUUGGAUGGUGGCCAAACCAGUCGCGAUUUCGGUAAUCUUGGUGAUAUUGUCAGCAUGGGAACUACUCUCUUAGUUAAAGAAACAGUAGAGUCUGCAGGAAGGGCUACAAAACAGUACAUUCUGAAUAAGAGUAGUCAGAAUCUGGAAUUCAGAAACAAAAUUAUUAUGAUUGCCGACAAGUUGUAUAAAUGGAUGUGCAAAUUGACUAAUAGUCCGGAGAAGGACAUUACCGAUUUAGACGAGGCUGCCGUGAUCGUAACAAUAGCAGCAUUGGCUCCCAUCGCUCUUGUGAUAGUGCAUAUUGAUCCAGUAAGCCUCUGCUCAAGUAUGUAUGAAUCUGUUAGCAAUAUGCUGUCAUCUCUACCGGGGGAAAAUGCAUGCAAACUCUACGACCAGGACUGGUGGUGGUUCUUUUUGGAAUGUUUGUAUGAUUUCUAAGUUUGUCUAGCUGAUGUAAUCCGCACUAGUUAAACUUGUUACGAUUCUGUCCCGUUCUUCUUGUUAAACUCUACUGGAAAUGGAAUGUUUCGAAAGUAUGCUCUUGCUACAAACUAAAUCAUGAGGUAUUGC